UGCCGGGUGCAGGGUGGCGGGGAGCUGAGCAGCCUGGCGUGGACACGACCUGGGCGCGUGUGUGCGCGCGUGAGCGAGGCAGCGGGGGCGGCUGCAGCAGGCCUGCUCGGCUCUUGCGGGGUGCUGCGGGGUGCGCAAGUGCCGCCACCGAGCCUGCCCUCUUGAAGUUGCAGAGCUCCGCCCGCCCCGUGUCCCGCGGCCACCGGCCCUGGUCCGCAAGCCUCCCCAAGGUGUCGCCCCGCUAAGGCGGCAUCGCCUUCCAGAACCUUCCACCGUCCAGUCCACGGGGCCCCUGCUCGACCACCGCCCGCAGCGGCAGAGGACACCCCACCCGCCAGCAUGCCGAGGAACCAGGGCUUCUCCGACCCCGAGUACUCGGCCGAGUACUCCGCCGAGUACUCGGUCAGCCUGCCCUCCGACCCCGAGCGCGGGGUGGGCCGCACCCAUGAGAUCUCCGUGCGGAACUCGGGGUCCUGCCUGUGUCUGCCCCGCUUCAUGCGGCUGACCUUCGUGCCCGAGUCCCUGGAGAACCUCUACCAGACCUACUUCAAGCGGCAGCGCCACGAGACCCUGUUGGUGCUGGUGGUCUUCGCGGCUCUCUUCGACUGCUACGUGGUGGUCAUGUGCGCCGUGGUCUUCUCGGGGGACAAGCUGGCCCCGCUGGCCGUGGCCGCCGUGGGGCUGCUGCUGGACGUCCUGCUCUUCGCGCUCUGCAAGAGGGGGCUGCUGCCCGACCGGGUCACCCGCAAGGUGGUGCCCUACCUGCUGUGGCUGCUCAUCUCCGCCCAGAUCUUCUCCUACCUGGGCCUGCACUUCGCCAGGGCCCACGCUGCCAGCGACACGGUGGGCUGGCAGGCCUUCUUCGUCUUCUCCUUCUUCAUCACGCUGCCGCUCAGCCUCAGCCCCAUCGUGGUGCUCUCCGUGGUCUCCUGCGCGGUGCACACGCUCGUGCUGGGGGUCACAGUGGCCCAGCAGCAGCAGGAGACGCUGCACGGGGUCCAGUUGCUGAGGGAGGUGAGUGCUGGGCUAAUCCUGGCCAACAUCUUCUUGUACCUGUGCGCCAUCAUCGUGGGCAUCAUGUCCUACUACAUGGCCGACCGCAAGCACCGCAAGGCCUUCCUGGAGGCCCGCCAGUCACUGGAGGUGAAGAUGAACCUGGAGGAGCAGAGCCAGCAGCAGGAGAACCUUAUGCUGUCCAUCCUGCCCAAACAUGUGGCCGACGAGAUGUUGAAAGACAUGAAGAAGGACGAGAGUCAGAAGGACCAGCAGCAGUUUAACACCAUGUACAUGUACCGCCACGAGAACGUCAGCAUCCUCUUCGCCGACAUCGUGGGCUUCACCCAGCUGUCAUCUGCCUGCAGCGCCCAGGAACUGGUGAAGCUGCUCAACGAGCUCUUUGCCCGCUUUGACAAGCUGGCGGCCAAAUACCACCAACUGCGGAUCAAGAUCCUGGGAGAUUGCUACUACUGCAUCUGCGGGCUGCCUGACUACCGGGAGGACCACGCCGUGUGCUCCAUCCUCAUGGGGCUCGCCAUGGUGGAGGCCAUCUCCUACGUGCGGGAGAAGACAAAGACAGGCGUGGACAUGCGCGUGGGUGUGCACACGGGCGCCGUGCUGGGCGGCGUGCUGGGCCAGAAGCGCUGGCAGUACGACGUGUGGUCCACCGACGUCACCGUGGCCAACAAGAUGGAGGCCGGCGGCAUCCCCGGGCGCGUGCACAUCUCGCAGAGCACCAUGGACUGCCUCAAGGGGGAGUUUGACGUGGAGCCGGGUGACGGGGGCAGCCGCUGCGACUACCUGGACGAGAAGGGCAUCGAGACCUACCUCAUCAUCGCCUCCAGGCCGGAGGUGAAGAAGACGGCCACCCGGAACGGCCUCAAUGGCUCGGCCCUGCCCAAUGGAGCUCCAGCCUCUAAGCCCAGCACCCCGGCCCUCAUUGAGACCAAGGAGCCCAACGGGGGUGCCCACACAGGCGGAUCCACUUCAGAGGAGGCCGAGGAGCAAGAGGGCCAGGCUGACAACCCCUCCUUCCCCAAUCCCCGCCGGAGGCUGCGGCUGCAGGACCUGGCCGACCGCGUGGUGGACGUGUCGGAGGACGAGCACGAGCUCAACCAGCUUCUCAACGAGGCGCUGCUGGAGCGCGAGUCGGCCCAGGUGGUGAAGAAGAGGAACACCUUCCUGCUGUCCAUGCGGUUCAUGGACCCCGAGAUGGAGACCCGCUACUCGGUGGAGAAGGAGAAGCAGAGCGGGGCGGCCUUCAGCUGCUCCUGCGUGGUGCUGCUCUGCACGGCGCUCGUGGAGAUCCUCAUUGACCCCUGGCUGAUGACAAACUACGUGACCUUUGUGGUGGGGGAAGUCCUCCUCCUUGUCCUGACCAUCUGCUCCAUGGCCGCCAUCUUCCCCCGGUCCUUUCCCAAGAAGCUCGUGGCCUUCUCAUCGUGGAUUGACCGGACCCGCUGGGCCAGGAACACCUGGGCCAUGUUGGCCAUCUUCAUCCUGGUGAUGGCCAAUGUCGUGGACAUGCUCAGCUGCCUGCAGUGCUACACGGGGCCCAGCAACGGCACGGCCGGGGCGGAGGUGGUGGACGGCUGCGUGGAGAACCCCAAGUAUUACAGCUACGUCGCCGUGCUGUCCCUCAUCGCCACCAUCAUGCUGGUGCAAGUCAGCCACAUGGUGAAGCUCGCCCUGAUGCUGCUCGUCUCAGGGGCUGUCGCCGUCAUUAACAUCUACGCUUGGCGUCCCAUCUUCGACGACUAUGACCACAGACGCUUCCAGGAGCGCGACUUUCCUCUGGUGGCCUUAGAGAAGAUGCAGGUGUUGGCCACCCCUGGGCUCAACGGCACCGGCAGGCUGCCGCUGGUGCCAUCCAAGUACUCCACGACAGUGAUGAUCGUCGUCAUGGUGCUGAGCUUCUACUACUUCUCCCGCCACGUGGAGAAACUGGCGCGGACCCUGUUCCUGUGGAAGAUUGAGGUCCAUGACCAGAAGGAGCGUGUGUACGAAAUGCGACGUUGGAAUGAGGCCUUGGUCACCAACAUGCUGCCCGAGCAUGUGGCCCGCCACUUCCUGGGCUCCAAGAAGAGAGAUGAGGAGCUGUACAGCCAGUCCUAUGAUGAGAUCGGGGUCAUGUUUGCCUCGCUGCCCAACUUCGCCGACUUCUACACAGAGGAGAGCAUCAACAACGGAGGCAUCGAGUGCCUGCGCUUCCUCAAUGAGAUCAUCUCCGACUUUGACUCUCUGUUGGACAACCCCAAGUUCCGGGUCAUCACCAAAAUCAAAACCAUCGGCAGCACCUACAUGGCAGCUUCUGGCGUCACCCCGGACGUCAACACCAACGGCUUCACCAGCUCCAGCAAGGAGGAGAAGUCAGACAAGGAGCGAUGGCAGCACCUGGCCGACCUGGCCGACUUUGCGCUCGCCAUGAAGGACACGCUCACCAACAUCAACAACCAGUCCUUCAAUAACUUCAUGCUGCGCAUAGGCAUGAACAAAGGAGGGGUGCUGGCUGGGGUCAUCGGUGCCCGGAAACCACACUAUGACAUCUGGGGUAACACGGUCAACGUGGCCAGCAGGAUGGAGUCCACGGGGGUCAUGGGCAACAUUCAGGUGGUGGAGGAGACACAAGUCAUCCUUCGAGAGUACGGCUUCCGCUUCGUCAGGCGGGGGCCCAUCUUUGUGAAGGGCAAGGGGGAGCUGCUGACCUUCUUCUUGAAGGGCCGCGACAAGCCGGCCGCCUUCCCCAACGGCGCCUCCAUCACGCUGCCCCACCAGGUGGUAGACAGCUCCUGACUGGCCCCGAGCCCCGAAGGAGUCUGAGAGGAAAUUUUUAGUCGUGGGGGUCAGAAGAAAGGCCUUGGGGCUGGACAGAUGGCCGAGGCCCACUAUUCCCAGACUGUCAAAGCGCACGCUCACGUAGACUUUAGGUUUAACGAUCUCCUCAAGCCUCCUCUGUUCGUGGCACGUGAGCUCUGAGGGUGGCUGUACUCUUCUUCCCCGGUGAGCCUGUAGCUUCCCCAGAGAGUAGGGGUCUUAGGCAUCGCAGGGGAACUGAACCCUCCCCCAGCCCGGAGAGGCCACGGCCACUUGUGAGUGGGACAUGUGGGAGGUGGGACAGAGCUGCCUUCGUCGCAGGGCUGGGGACCCAGGGUCCCCGCCUGGUCUGAGCGAGAAGAGACGGCCCUCACCCUGAUGUUCCUGAUAAUCUUGAAAGGUUCUCCUGGAACCCGUCACCUUAGUCCCGAGAGCAGAAAGUGCAAUAUUUCCUUCUACCAGGCUGGGGGGUGGGGUGGGACGGGGAGGGAGGGGAGAGGGCUCUAUUUCUGAGAGAAAAUAUAUAAACAGAUCUUCUACAUUUAUAUUUUUAACUUUCUGUUAAAAAAAAACAAAAACACUUUCCGAAACUGCCUUGCCUUCUGAGCUCUUGCUACAGUCGCCUUUGCUACUGCUUUAAAGGAGAAAUCACAGGUAUUGUAAAGAACAAGACUGUUUUAUUAAAAGCUUUACUCAACUUGAA